AGCGCGGCCGGCCCGCGGCAGGGGGCGGGGUCGCACCUCCUCCCGGCGCCGGCGCCAGCGGAGCCUGCGGACGCCGCCAUGGAGAUCCCGGCGCUGCUCCCGGCCCGCGGGGCGCCCCAGGGCGGCGGCGCCGGCAGCCCGGCGGGCGGCGGCCGGGUCCCCGGCGCCCCCGACCCGCGGGCCGGCCAGGCCCCCGCGCGCCGCCUCCUGCUGCUGCGGGGCCCCCAAGAUGGCGGGCGCGGGCGGCGGCGCCAGGAGGCCCGCGCGGCCUCGCGGGGCCCAGGCCCCAGCCCUCUGGCGCCCAGGCCCCGGCCGGCGGCCGGCGGCGGCGGCGGCGGCGACGACUUCUUCCUGGUGCUGCUGGACCCGGUGGGUGGCGACGCGGGGCCCGCGGGCGCCGGCCAGGCCGCGGGGCCCGUGUGGAGGGAGGAGGCCGGGCCGGGCCCCGGGCUCCGGGGGGGCGAGGGCGGCGCGAACCCCGCGGGCCGGCCCGCGCCGGGGCCCCGCUGCCUGUCGGCGCUCCCGGCCGCGCUGCCCGCCGCGGCCCCGGCCCCGGCCCCGCUGGCCGCCCCGCUGGCCGCCCCGCUGCCCAGGCCGGGCCUGGGCCCCGCCGCGGCCUUCGCGGGCACCGUGACCCUCCACAGCCAGAACCUGCUGCUGCGCUUCGAGAACGGCGUCCUGACCCUCGCCGCGCCCCCGCCGCCCCCGCCCCCCCCUCCCCCGCCGCCCGCCUGGGAGCCGGGGGUCGCGCCCGCCCCGCAGCCCUCCCCGCCGCCCCAGCCCGCGGGCCCGAUCGCGCCCCAGGCCGGGGCCCCGCACGCCGCCGCCGCCGCCACCACGCAGCCCGGCGACUGCCCCGACCGGCCGCCCGACCUGCUGCUGGCCGAGCCCGCCGAGCCCCCGCCCGCGCCCGCGCCCGCGCCCGAGGAGGACGCCGACGCCGAGGCCGAGGCCGAGGCCCUGGCCCCGGUGGCGCCCGCCGGCCCGAGCCCCCGCGCGCCCCUGGGCCCGGCCGCCGCCGCGGGGCUGCUGCUCUACCUGUGCCCCGAGGCGCAGUGCGGCCAGACCUUCGCCAAGAAGCACCAGCUGAAGGUGCACCUGCUGACGCACAGCAGCAGCCAGGGCCAGCGGCCCUUCAAGUGCCCGCUGGGCGGCUGCGGCUGGACCUUCACCACGUCCUACAAGCUCAAGCGGCACCUGCAGUCGCACGACAAGCUGCGGCCCUUCGGCUGCCCGGCGCCCGGCUGCGGCAAGAGCUUCACCACCGUGUACAACCUCAAGGCGCACAUGAAGGGCCACGAGCAGGAGAACUCCUUCAAGUGCGAGGUGUGCGAGGACAGCUUCCCCACGCAGGCCAAGCUGAGCGCCCACCAGCGCAGCCACUUCGAGCCCGAGCGGCCCUACCAGUGCGCCUUCUCGGGCUGCAAGAAGACCUUCAUCACCGUCAGCGCGCUCUUCUCCCACAACCGCGCCCACUUCCGCGAGCAGGAGCUCUUCUCCUGCUCCUUCCCGGGCUGCAGCAAGCAGUACGACAAGGCCUGCCGCCUCAAGAUCCACCUGCGCAGCCACACGGGCGAGCGGCCCUUCCUGUGCGACUUCGACGGCUGCGGCUGGAACUUCACCAGCAUGUCCAAGCUGCUGCGGCACAAGCGCAAGCACGACGACGACCGCCGCUUCCUGUGCCCCGUGCAGGGCUGCGGCAAGUCCUUCACGCGCGCCGAGCACCUCAAGGGCCACAGCAUCACCCACCUGGGCACCAAGCCCUUCGUGUGCCCCGUGGAGGGCUGCUCCGCCCGCUUCUCCGCGCGCAGCAGCCUCUACAUCCACUCCAAGAAGCACCUGCAGGACGUGGACACCUGGAAGAGCCGCUGCCCCGUCUCCACCUGCAACAAGCUCUUCACCUCCAAGCACAGCAUGAAGACCCACAUGGCCAAGAGGCACCACCUGGGCCAGGACCUGCUGGCCCAGCUCGAGGCCGCCACCGCCCUCACGCCCAGCAGCGAGCUGGCCAGCCAGGGCCACAGCGACCUCAGCGACGCCGAGCUGGUGUCCCUCUUCUCGGACGUGCCCGGCGGCGGCGGGGGCGCUGGCGGCGGGGGCGGGGGCGGCCAGCUCGGCUCCGCCGCGGUGCUGGACACGGCCCUGGUCAACUCGGGCAUCUUGACUAUCGACGUGGCCUCCGUGAGCUCCACUCUGGCCGGGAGCCUCCCCGCCGGCGGCGGCAGCGGCAGCGGAGGCAGCGGCGCCGCCUUGGGGCCGCCCGUGGACCCCCGGGCCCUGCUGGCCACCACCGACCUGCCUCAGAGCCUGGAUACCUCGCUCUUCUUCGGGACGACGGCCACCGGCUUCCAGCACAGCCCCCUGGACAUGGACGACGUGUCCGGCCCGGGCGCGGGGCCCCUGGGGGCUCUGGGCUCCCUGGCCAUGAAGACCUGCGGCCAGGAGCCCCAGGCCCUGACGCCCAGCAGCAAGCUGACCGUGGACACCGACGCGCUGACGCCGUCCAGCACCCUCUGCGAGAGCAGCGUCUCCGAGCUGCUGACGCCCAAGGCCGACUGGGCCGUCCAUCCCGACUCGGACUUCUUCGCGCAGGAGGACGAGGACGACACCCAGUUCGGCUUCUCCCAUCCCGCGGGGAGCCACGGCUGUCCGAAAGAGACGGAUCUCAUCGCCGUGACUGGCAGCUCCUUCUUGGUCUGAGCCCACGCCCUUCAUUCCUCGCCACGGGGCUGACGUCCGUCCGUCCGUCCGUCCGUCCGUUCGUGACGCUCGAUGUUAAGGAUGCUCUGGACUGUGUGUGGGACUGCGGCCCUGUCUCUUGGGCCCGAGAAAGAACAUGGCCC